AUGACUGCGAAUGACGAACCCUCACCUUCCUUCCUUACUGCUGUUCUCCUGGUGGCCCUCCAGGCCCAGGCUGAGCCACUCCAAGCCAAGGAUGAGCUACUCCAGGCAAGCACUUAUGAAGCUGAUGCCCAGGAGCAGCGUGGCGCAGAAAACCAGGACUUUACUGUCUCCUUUGCAGGGAAUGCAAGCUCAAGUCUUAGAGCCUCGGGUAAGAGACACCAGCAUUGCAGAGCUAGAAGUGUAGAGAGGAAAAACAAGCACGUCUAG